AUGUUAAGAAGCCUCGGUGUCGUUGAUGAUUCUGGCCGGGCAUUACAGUACCAGAACGACACAUUGCGCCCAAAUAUUCAUGUCGCCGUUCAUUUCCCAGAAUUCGCGGAGGAGUACGCUUUACCUGUCAACCGUAACACACCCAUAGGCGAAAACUUACACCGAUACUUCAAGAUUCGUGUCUACGAAACAAAUUACUCCAACGUGGAGAAGAUCCUGCUGAUGAAAGUCAAUUUCCAAGAGACGAUGCGCCUGCUCCUCCAGAACGCUUUUCAACAUGACGACCCGGAACUCACCAGCGAGAUGCUUGCACUUUACCAGCAGUGCCCGACCCUUUUCAAUAAAGUACUAUCUCGAACGGACCGAAAUGAGAUGGAUGCCCUACUCGAAAACGAAGACCACGAGAUGGAAAUCGACCAGUCCGCAGACAGCAAUCAUCUCAGACCGGCUGCGAUCAAUCGUAUCCCAACAAAAAGUGUUGUCGCAACCCACCCAAUUAAUGAUGGCAAUAGAAUCCCGACUCGCUCCGGGGACCUCAACACGACAUCGACUUGGCGUGGUCAUCUCCGACUGGCAUACCAGUAUGACUACGGCAAACCUGCACAAUAUCCAUCUCUGUUCGAGAACCGGCCAAUCCAGUGGUCACGGAAGUUCGGAUUCACCGACAGGAAGUCGAACGACCGCUUCACGUUCAGGACUGGCGACUUUGUACGAUUCAAGGGCGACAACCAGACUCUUUUCGGGCGUGUGGACCAUAUCUUCGUCCUCGACAACGACAAGGACAGACACAUCUUCACAGUACUAACACUGAUCAAGCGUACAAAGACUCGACAUAAGCUCCUGGACUUGGAGAUAAUGGAGGAGACGGAAGAUGCUGUAGUGGUUGGGGUGCCUGUCAUUCGCCCUGUGCGUCUCUACAUGGUACCGGUCAGGGGCGUUGGCAUCAUCUGGGUGAACUGGGACAUACAUGCGUUAUGA